CGGGUAGAGGGAAAAUAAAAAGCGAAAACCGGUUUUUUUGUUGGUCACAAAUGACGUUGAAAUGUUGGCAGUUGGUCCCAGCUUGACCUCAGCAUCAUUUCCCUUCAUCACCAAAUCCAAUUUCACCACCAUACUCAGUAAUCACGUGGGAACACGUGCCUCAUACUCCGGCGAGGCCAUGGCCGCAACCUCAACCAGAGUUGCCGUCGCUCAGAUGACUUCUGUCAACGAUCUCUCCGCCAAUUUCGCCACCUGUUCUCGCCUUGUCAAGGAAGCAGCAGCUGCUGGGGCCAAAUUGCUUUGCUUCCCAGAGAGUUUCUCAUAUGUGGGUGCUAAUCUAGGGGAUAGUGUUAAAAUUGGGGAACCAUUAGAUGGACCAAUAAUGCAAGGAUACUGCAGUCUUGCCAGAGAGUCUCAAAUAUGGUUGUCUCUUGGAGGUUUUCAGGAAAAAGGUUCUGAUGAUUCUCAUUUGUGUAACACGCAUGUGAUAGUUGAUGAUACAGGAGAAGUCAGAAGCAAAUACCGUAAAAUACACUUGUUUGAUGUGGAUGUCCCUGGUGGAAUGGUUUAUAAGGAAAGCAGCUUCACAGAAGCAGGAACGGAUGUUGUGGCAGUGGACAGUCCCUGUGGACGCUUGGGCCUCACUGUUUGCUACGAUUUACGAUUUCCGGAGCUGUAUGAGUGCUUACGGUUUCAACAUCAAGCGCAAGUUCUAUUGGUACCUUCAGCAUUCACUAAAAUAACUGGUCAAGCCCACUGGGAGAUACUUCUUCGUGCUCGUGCCAUUGAAACUCAAUGCUAUAUGAUUGCCGCGGCGCAAGCUGGGCGGCAUAAUGAAAAAAGGGAAAGCUAUGGAGACUCUUUGAUAAUCGAUCCUUGGGGAACAGUUGUUGGUCGGCUUCCUGAUAAGCUUUCAACUGGUAUAGCAGUAGCAGACAUUGACUUUUCAUUUAUUGAAUCCGUGAGAAUGAAGAUGCCCGUUGAUAAGCAACGGAAGCCUAUCGAUUUCUGGAAAUCGUCCUCUCUAUGAUUUCCAAGUAACGUAGAUCACGAGGAGUUAGUGACUUGGGAGGAAGAAUAGUGGGAGCAUCUCAAAUAUCAGUCGUUGUCAUAUUUUCCUCAUUAUAGGCAUGGUGUUAUGAUGGUGAACAGUUUAGCUAAAGAGACACUGAAUAAAGAUGGUUUUUUUUUUUUGGUAAUGUACAAAUGAAUGACAAGCCCCCUUGUGUUCAUUGACCAUGUGGCAAGAACGAAUGCCUCUUAUACUAUGAGGAAAUCUAUGCCCCCAAUAGUGACCGCUGUUGUACUAAUUAGAGUGUUGUAUACCAACAAAGAAGGACUUUGCAUAUUGAUAUCAAUAAAGUCUAAAUUUGUAAUGGA